UGUAGCAACAACUAUGGUGGCGGUUAUCCGCCAUAUUGACGAGCAUCUUUCAUUUCCUUUGCUGUAUACGCUACUGCUGUUCGUGGUUUUGUGUGAAAAUAGGUUCCUGCAAAAAGUUAAAAUUGCGAAAAUGUUAAAAUAAUGCAGUAAAAUGGCCGAGCGCAGUUUUAAAAUCGGCCAAAAUGUGCAAAUUGUGGGUAGAAAUCUGCGUGGGCAAAUAGCGUACGUGGGUUUGACCAGUUUCUCACCGGGCAAGUGGAUAGGCGUGGUGCUGGACGAAAAAGAUAAAGGCAAGAAUAAUGGUACUGUCAAGGGCACUACCUACUUUAAAUGUGCUGCUAAUUGUGGACUCUUCGUACGACCAGCACAAUUGAUUUUAAUUCGAGACAGUGAAACCGAUGAAAUGACAGAGCCAACAGCGUUAGAGGCUGGCAAAAGCAGUGGCUUGAAACCAGCGGGAAGCGAAAAAUUUGCAAUAGCUACGCCAGCAACAUCGCACCCAAGCGCAAAAGCAGUGGAAAAGGGUGAGACUAAGAAUCAAAAGUCUAAUGGAUCAGCAACAACUGUGCAUACGGAAGCAGCUAAUAGCAACACAGUAGCAACUUCGAAUGGAAAUCUGCUGAAGGCAACCAAAAUUAAUCAACCGUUGCAAGCGAAUCAACGUGUUAUCUCCUCCAAUACUCAACUGGAAUUAUCCUUUACGGGUGCAACCGUAUCAGUGGCGGCACCAAAGCGCAGUAAAACUACAGUUAGUCCUUCAGAGUCAUUUUGUUGUGUAAGGCAGCGUUCAGCAUUUGUGGAAACGGGCUUUCUGGAGAUACUCCAUACACAAUUCACACCCGGCCACCCAUUACGCUCGCCCACUGCAUUCAACCUCAACAAUGGAUCGCACAGUACUCUGGCAAUCAGCCCCACAGAGCAAUUGCAACAACAGCAGCGGCAACAACAGAGAUAUAAGGAUUUGGAGGAACAAAAUGCUAAGUUAAAUGAGGAAUUAAAUGAGUUGAAGAGUCAACGCUUAGAAGAAAAACGGCGUUUGCACGAACUCGAAAAGAUCCGUUUGCAAAAAGAGCACUUAAGCGAGUUCAAAACUCAAAUUAUGGAGCAGCAUAGUAUGCUGCAACGGGAACUGCAACGCUGUCGACAAGAGCUGAGGGAGGCUAACGAACACAAGACCAUGUACAAACGUGAACUGGAUGAAGUAGCUGAUAAUAUUGAACUGCUCACGUUGGAUAAGGAAAUGGCCGAAGAACGUGUUGAAACCCUGCAAAUAGAAUUGGAAACGGCAAAUGAGCGUGUUGAAGAACUGAUGCUAGAUAUUGAAAUCUUGAGAGCUGAGAAUGAUAAUUCAACAUCAGUUACAACUGGCGUACGUACAGAUAAUGGGUUGAAAGAAGAAAUAAUACAGCCGUCAGCGACAGAAAUCAAACGUCUCGAACAGUACAAUCAACGACUGCGUGAGACGGUUGUGCGACUGCGCGAUGUUUUGACACACGAAAAGCAAGACCUACAAAAGGCCAAAAAAGAAUUGGAGACGAAAACAUCUGAAAUCUCAGAACUAAAGAAAACCAAGGAGAUACUUUCGAAGCGAAUUGAUGUAAUGGAAAUGCACAUUAUCGACUUAAAAGAACAAGUAGACGCUGCACUAGGUGCGGAAUCAAUGGUUACAUCCUUAGCAGAAUCAAAAAUAGAACUAGAAGAGCGUGUCAAAUUAUUGGAGGAGGAAGUAAUGGAGCUCGAGGCUCUGGAAGAGAUUCACGAACAAAUUAUUGAAGGUAACCAAGAACUAGAAUUGGAUUUACGCGAAGAGAUUGAUGCGCUCAAUUUAACGAUCAAAAUGUUGCAAGAGGAAAAGAAUAAUACGCUAGAAACAAUAUAUGAUCGAGACGUAACUAUUAUGAAAUUUAGAGAGCUUGUCAAAACAUUAAAUAACAAUAUACUCUCAAAAGAUCCGCCAACAAAUGUAUUGGGCAUCGCUACAGGUACUGGCACUUCCACAUCAGACGAUCUCAGCAGCACCCUCUCCAAUCAGGACGAAACUCAAAGUAUCGACUUUAAUCAAAUGUUCUCGGUGACAAAGGCUUGCGAAAGGGCCAUCGACUCGCGGCUAAAUGCAAUUGAACUCAAACUGUGCAAAGCUCACAUUGGGCACCUUCUAGCGUUUGUGCCUGAGGAGAUCAUGCUGCGCGGCUGCGAAUAUGACAUCAUAUUGGUGCUGCUCUUACUGCAGCGUUUGUAUGAGAAAAUCGAAAUUAUUUGCCACAUAAUCAAUGAAAAGUUUCCAUCAUCCUGUGAAUUUGCCAAAAACACUAUAUUUGAAGGAUUCUCCGUGCACCGCUUCGCUUUCCGUUGCAAAUGCCUAUAUGUAUUGCGCAGCCUUAAACUGGUCAUUAAGCAAUUAAUUUUCGGUUUGAAUCACUGCGAGUAUGAGGUGUGCACACAUGCCGCUAUUUAUCGCGGAGAAAUGGAAACACAGGAGAAAUCCAUCGAUGAAUUGAUUAAACGACUAAAAGGCGACAUGCUCGAUGAAAAUACACCCAUGGAAUCGGUAGAACGAACUCUAUCAUUUUUCAAUACGCUUUACACCAAUCUCAUUUGCUCGCAAAAUCUUGCCGAGUUAAUAGACGAACAACAACUCUACGUUAUGCUGGUGGAAGUACUGGAUGUGUGCCUGGACUGCAUCAACACUAAUGCUGGCAUACUGCAUACAAUUAUACAGUUGGGAGAUGAAAAUACCGAAUCAUUUUGGGCCAUGCAAUUUCUAAUGGAAAACGUUAAUCAAUUCAAGCAAAAAUUACGCAAGUUACAACGGAAGCUUCCUUCUGCUACAGUAGAUAUUUCAGCUAUGCAGCAACAACAAAUUCAGCGCAUACAGCAUAUACUAACUACGAAUGAACAUUUCGGCCGAUUUAUUAAUAUUUUAAUAGCAACAUCCAAAGAUGCAACGAAGGACAUAUCAACAAGCAGCUUCUCCACCAAUGGAGAGCGUCUAUGCGACGCAGCCAUCGAACAUAAAAAGCUUUGGAAAAUCCUUAUUACGAACUGUACAAAAUAUGCUGCUGAGGAAAAAUCAACACCAAUUGCCUUAUUCCAUCAUUGCAUUCAGCAGCUCGACGAAAUAAUCAAUGAGCUCACUAUUUUCAUCUCGGAGAACGAGUCUGUGCGCAACGCAAACAAAAAUACGAUGUUCGUACGCUCUUCGGCUACUACGUUGCUGCAACGCUCAAUGCAAUUAAAGCAACAUUCAGAGGAUAUGAAGAGUUUGAAACACUCAUUGACCGAACGGGAUAAGGAAAUCAAAACACAAAAAUACUUGGCGAAAAUGAAACAGAACGAAUUCUCCGAAAUGCAAAUACGAAAAGAGAUCGCCGAACGUAACCUGUCAAAGGUGCAACGCAGCCAAGAGGAAGCUCUGACGCAGAUUACGGACUAUAUCGAACAAUUCGACAAGCUAAUAUGCCAACGUGAGCAUAUAAUCGCGCAAUCAUUCAAUAUUAUAAAAGAAAAACUAACUGCCAUGGAACAUAACCACGCACGUCUUGAGCAGAAACUUAUCUCACGCAAGGCAGUCAUGCAUAUUUCCACAGACGAAAGUUAUCGCGAAAUCGAAACACUUAAUAAGUGCUUACGUUACGAGCGGGCCGAACGUUGUAAGCUGCGUAUCGAUGAUAUGAAGUUGCGCAUGCGCAGCUUCGAGCCACUGUAUGUGCCACACCAAAGGCGUAUGGUAGACGCAACGGAAACCCGACUCGCCAAGGAGUUACUAACGCUGAAAAACCAAUGGAUUCUUUCACAUAUUAAAUUAAAACCAGUUACGGAAAACGAACGUUACACACUAAAACGAAAAUCAAAUGAACUGCUGCAACGUACAUGGAGCACAUACUUUAAGACGCAUCCUCACCGCAGCGCGUCAAAUAAUUUCGGCGAUUUCGGCACGAAAGAUGUAAACCAAAUAUUUAAUUAAGAUAUUUCUAGAACACGUGCCGUUAGUACUUUCUUUCACUUCAAAAAUAUAACGGUGGCCUAUAGAUAUGUGAAUUAAUAAGUUCUUUUAGACUAAAUUAGUUUGAUGCUGAGGUAUUGAUAAGUGAUUCUCGUAGUUAUUGGAAAGUAAUAUUUUUCGUUAAUUCUUAAAUUAACCUUUUAGCUUAUCGAGUUUGAGAUCGAGUUGUACUGAAAAUAUCAUCUAUAAAUAUAACGAAAAGCCUUUUUAAUGUGAUCAAGAACACCAAUU